UCGGAGCACACAGCAGGGGGAAAGCAGAGAAGCAGGUCAAGAAAGGCGGAAGCAGGGACGAUGCACGAAAUCCCUAGGCUCCUCUUCACCCGGGAGUGCCAGUUCUUCGUCGGCUCCAGCGACUACAGCUGAUACAAGGGGAUCAAUGGAGAACGUGUGGCAAGGAAUGGGUAAUUCCUCUCAACCAAUUGGUGAGGUUAAUUACACCCCUGGCAUCGACAUAGGUGAAGUCUACAUGCCCACUGAACAGCAACUUAACAACCUCCCUCCAGAUGGGUCCGAGAACAUGAACACUGCCAUGCCAGCUCAACCUAGCGCCCCCGAAGCACGCAGGAAAGGAACUUCCAAACGUUUGAAGAACUUCUCAACAAAGGAGGAUGAAUCCUUAUGCUCAGCGUACAUUAAUGUGAGCAAGGAUCCUAUUGUGGGAACCAACCAGCCAAUCCGAUCCUAUUGGGGAAGGAUAAAAGCUUACUUCGAAGAAGAUAGUGAACGUACCAGGUCCCAGUCUUCCCUGCAGCAUAGGUGGGCUGAUAUCCAAAAGGAUACUUCAAGAUUUUGUGGGUUUUACUCUGAGAUUGAACGGAAAAACCAGAGUGGCAAGAGCGAUGGUGACAAGGUGAAAGACGCUCUCCAGAUGUAUGAGGGAAUUGUCGGUACCACUUUCAAGUUCAUUCAUUGUUGGUUUAUAUUACGCAAUGAGAUGAAGUGGAACGAGUGGCUCGCUACAACCUCUGCAAGCAAUGAGGAGCCGGCUGUCCAACCUGUGGAGGAAAAUGUAGACCCAACGCUUCCUCCUCGAAUUGAUAGGCCAAAUGGAAGAGACAAUGCCAAGAAGGCGCGCAACAGCACCUCUUCCUCAUCUGCAGCUUGCUUUGAAGUCCUGCAAAAGAUGUCCAUGGAUCGGAGCGCUUAUGAAGAAUGGGUUCAGACUGCAAGCGAAGAGGAGGCUAAAGAAAUCGCUUCUCGCUCUGAACGCAAACUCACUAUACAGGAAGAGCAACUACAAAUCCAGAAAGCCCAAGUGGAGGUACAAAAAGAGAUGCUCCAACUGCAGAAGGAAGAUCGGGAAGAACGGAUCAUGACCAUGGGUGUCGAGAAGAUGCAAAGCAAGCAAACUUCAAGCUAA